AGGAAGGAGGAGGGAGAGGGAGGAGGAGAAAAUGGAGGAGGAGGAGGAAGUGGAAGAAAAAGGAGUACAAGAGAGUGUGUCGUGUCUGACGAACAUUCUUUGAAUGCAGCUUCUGGCAACUUGUUCUCAAGCAAGUUUCUCCUUCAGGCCAAGGGCGUGUGCGUUGUGUUGAGAUGCAGCCGAGCAGCAGCAGCGAGAUGUGGGAAAGUUGGAGUGCGGUGACCAACCAAGUGUGCAACGACCCCAAGGUGACCCUGCUGAUGAACUCGAGAGCGGUCCGCUACCUGAACGGGCACCCGCUGCUGGCGCUGGCCGCCAUGUUCUUCUGCGCCGCGGCCGCGGUGCCCGUGGCGCUCUUCCUGCUUUUUGCUGUCGCCACGCUCGUCGUGUCAGCUGUCGGCUUUGUUAUCUUGGAAGGCUUCCUGCUGUCGGCGGCGGCCGUGAGUCUGCUGUGCGCGCUGUCCGGCGCGGCCUUCUUCUCCCUGGCGGCGUCGGCCGUCUUCGCCGCCUUUUACGCCGCCGUCUCCAACAUCCUCAACUACUAUUACAAACAUCUAACAAAGGCGGCGAAAGAGUACGAGAAGGACGACGACGGAGAUGAAACGACGCCCGACAACACGACGCAAUAGUUCUCGUCGUCGUCUUCAUCGCAACCAAACACGCCACAGCUCACAAGUCAGCCGAACGGAACAUUUCGUUUACUUUUCUAUGUCGGAAUACCCAACGAUAUUUCGGAUAGAAAAUGUCAAAAAUGUAUUUAUUUUCAAGAUUGGAUUUCAAUAUUUAUAUAUAAAAAUGAACAACAAAGCUGUUACGCGACUUUUCUUACGAACCUGAAUGUUUUUGAUUUGCGGUAAAGCGCUUAAUAAAGAUCUUCGACAACA